AUGAGCCGAGCUGUGCGCACAUCAAUUUCUAAGAAUGAUCGACGGACCUAUAAAUUUACCAAAAAAAUAAAUCAAAAACUGAAAAUAUGGGAAUAUCAACCUUCUUCAAAUAUAUUACUGAAAAAUGUGAAAACAUCAAAGAAAUUGUUUCAAACAAUUGCUUCGGCUCACACCUCCGAAGGCGACAUGAUUAAGAUUUUGAAUUAUAUUGAAGAAAUAAUGUUGUCGGUACGCCCCAAAAAAUUACUUUAUAUUGCUAUAGAUGGGGUUGCACCACGUGCUAAAAUGAACCUGCAGCGAUCUCGUCGGUUCAAUAAGGCACGCAAAGAAAGAGGAAAAGGAGAUAAAUUAAGAGAAUCUGAUAGAAAAAGGUUCGACAGCAAUUGUAUUACUCCAGGUACGCCAUUUAUGACAAAACUGGCAAACUGUUUAAGAAAUUGGAUUGCAGAAAAGUUCAAUUCGGGUGAAUGGAGAAAUCUAAAAGUCAUACUGUCUGAUUCAAGCGUCCCUGGUGAAGGCGAACAUAAAAUAAUGGAUUUCAUUCGUGCUCAAAAAACUAAUAUCCACUAUGAUCCUAAUACACGACAUAUUAUAUAUGGAUCGGACGCAGAUUUGAUCCUGCUCUCUCUUGGGACUCAUGAACCGCAUUUUAAGGUUUUGCGUGAAGAUAAUAGUGAAGAGGUAGUUCGUGAAUACCUCGCGACUGAGCUCAAAGGUUCCUGCACCUUUGACCUUGAAAAUGCGAUAGAUGAUUGGAUUCUUCUUUGUUCUUUAGUUAGUAAUGAUUUCCUACCACAUUUACCUUCAUUGGAAAUAAGAGAAGGUGCAAUUAACAGAUUAAUACCUAUAUGGAAAAAUUGUCAUCUUUCAAUGGGAGGGUAUAUUACAAAUAAUGGGAACGUAAACUUAGAGAAAGUACAGUAUUUAUUUACGGAGUUAAGUAAAAUUGAGGAUGAAAUAUUUAUUAGUAGACACAAAUCUGUUCAGUUUAAUACUGAUAAUAAAGAUCCUGUUAGGUUAUGGGAAUCUGGAUUCAAAGAAAGAUAUUAUAAAAACAAAUUUGAUAUUGAAUUACCUAAUCAUCAAUUUCGUGCGGAUUACGUUGAGGGUAUAUGUUGGGUUAUGAAAUAUUAUUUUCAGGGUGUUCCAUCCUGGAAAUGGUAUUACCCAUAUCAUUAUUCACCUUUUUCUUCGGAUUUCACAGAUAUUAGAGAUAUCAAAAUUGAUUUUACAUUAGGCGAACCAUUUAAACCUUUUGAACUGUUGAUGGGUGUAUUGCCAGCUGACAGUAAAGAAAAUUUGCCUAAACAAUUUCAUGUACUUAUGGAAUCGAAGAAUAGUGAAAUAUUUGAUUUUUAUCAUACGCUUCCAUCGCAAGGCGUGGACUUGCUUCCAUUUAUUGAUGAAUCACGAUUAUUGAAAGCCGUUAAUUCUAUAUAUCCAACUCUUGGGCCAGAAGAAACUGCUCGAAAUAAAUUUGGAUCAGAGAUUCUCUGUUUAAGCAGUAAACAUAAAUUAUAUGAUCCCAAAAUCAGUGAUCAAUUAAUCGGAUAUGUUGCACGUGACAAUAAUUUUAUUGUUAACGAUAAAUCAUUAAGGUGA